GUGAUUUUAGGUGGAAAGAGAUGUGCCAUUUGUGGCGUGUUUUGUUUGUGGUGGUUUAUAGCUCGGGUAGUACCAUAACAGAACAGGGUUUCUGCAAGGAAAAAGGCUGUUCAGAAGAAAGGGAAAGAGUGACACUAGCUAAAUCACAGUCGGAAAGAGAAACAGUUCGUUCAUCUGGUAUGGAGUGGAGAUCCCACGGGAGAGAUAACAACGAUUUAGUCUCGCAUCUCACGCGAAAUAAAAUUCUGAAAACUCAGCGAGUUCAGGAGGCAAUGAGAAAGGUGGAUCGUGGAAAUUAUUGCGACUUUUCACCGUACUUGGACUCGCCUCAGUCUAUUGGUUAUGGCGUGACAAUUAGCGCGCCCCACAUGCAUGCACACGCGCUAGAAAUGCUGAAGGAUCAUUUGUUCGAAGGAGCUAAAGCAUUGGAUGUCGGCUCAGGUAUUGCCGAGAUACAUAGGUAAAAAUUUCCACACGGCCGCACGUAAACAGCGAACAUGAAUAUAGAUUGAGUAAGAAAAUGUGUACAAUAAGACGUAUGGGGCUGUGAGGAAAUUUUACUUGCUUAAUGUGACUCAUGACACAGAAAGCUCAAUAUUUUGUGCAGGUUUUACAGGGUACCAAGUGCACAAGUAUAAUUUCUUGCUGAGAGGGAGUGGCCCUGGAGCCAAUGUGGGCUAACUUAUAGGGGUAUAGAAUAUUUCCUUGGAAAACUUUACUAUUUGAAAGUUUUGCCUCGGUCUCAAAAUCUCGGAAGCAUUUGAGUUAGUAUAAUUUCCUGCUGAGGGGGAGUGGCCCUGUAGCCAAUGUGGGCAGUAACUUAUAGGGGUAUAGAAUAUUUCCUUGAAAAACGUUACUCUUUGAAAAUUUUGCCUCGGUCUCAAAAUCUUGAAGGCAUUUGUGACAGGUCUCAAAGUCUUGUUUUGGGUGAUUUUGCAUCUCGGAGUCUUACAUUUUUUAAAGUCUGGGACGUGAGUUUUUUAAGGGGAGUCUCAAAUCAGAGUCUCACAAAGUCUCAAAUUUACCAUUCUAUACCCCUUAAAUUAGACCCACCAAAAACUUUCUGUGUUCAAAAUUACAUAUCAUAGGUCCUCACUGCUAGCCGGAAUUGUUCGUGUGCCACCGUACGUGCUUGGAUAAUUUGUACUUAUUUUUCUUCCAACUAAAGGUAGACAUCAACACUUGUCACUCUAAGGUCAUGUGGCUUUCAUAAACUUAAGAGAGGAGCUACUGAACAACUUUAAAAUAAAAUUAUAUUCACCAAAACACUCCUAUCUUUCAGACACCUUCCCCUAAGAAAGAGUAACCCCAUGCGUCAGAAGUAUUAACCAGUGUGUUGGGUUUCAAUGAUUGUUCCUUGGUUAUGGUGCAUAGGGUGAUCAUCACUGACAGUUAACCACUUACAGUCUUUUUUAGCUUGAAUGUUUGAUUUCCCAUUUAAGACCUGAUGAUGUUACCCAAAUGUCAUGAUAUUAAUAUGUACAUGCAUGUGGGCAUGAUUUAUUAAAAGACAAAAAGCAAAUUCCCUGGAGAACAUCACAUCAUGUCACAUAGCCUGAAUUCAACCAUAGUAAUAAUAUUGUUGUUAUACAUUGUACUCACUAUCUGUCUUCUCAUUGGCUAAGAACCUACAGCUAAUUUUGGAAAUCAGCCAACCUACACUGAUUAGUUAGUUAUCUGCUAGCAGUGCAUGAUUGACUAAUCUGUAGGUUGUGUGGGCAAUGAAUGAUUUCCAAUAACAACAUUAUUCAGGUUCCUUGCGAUGGUGUGUUUGUCGUUAUUUUCUUCAAAACAAUGUAUAAUAAAACAAUUAUUAGAUUCAGGUUUUGUGAUAUCCUAAAUAAUCAAGGCCUCGGUAAGUGUUAUCAGCCUCGGCCUUCGGCUUGGCUGAUAACACUUACCUCGACCUUGAUUAUUCCAGAUAUCACAAAAACCUCAUCCAAGUAUUUUUUAUUAUUUCAUACAGACUGAGAUGGGCUAUUCCAAGAAGCAGCAAGGGGGGAGGCAUGGGGAGGGGUUGAGGAGACAGGUUAAUGACUUGCCUAAAUUUGUUAUCUUUAAGGCAGUCAGUCUUCGUACACUAGGCUGCGUCACAGACAUGAUCUAACUCUGGUUAGUAAAAUCUGCAAAGCAGUGCCAAGAUACUUGUUUUUGGCCCCCUAAAACAUGGCGUGCACUCAAAUCCUGGUACACAGGUAGAGCCAGCCCAGAACAAGGAUUUUGGCGCUGUUUCAGAGACAGACUAACAAGAGUUCAGGUUUACCUGUGGUACUACUCUACUCCAAAUUAUGCAUUUUUUAACCCUUUAAACCCUAACAUCAAACUUCAAAUUCUCAUUUGUUAUCCCUAUACAUUUUCAACAGAAGUAGUGGGGAGAAUUUGAUGAAGUAUCAAUUAGAUUCAUCUUGUGUGAUCAUAUCCUUAAUUCUCAUGACCACUCUGUUUUAUAAAGCAGUGAUAUUACAAGGAGAAAUUUGAUGCUGAUCACUCUUAGGGCUUAAAGGGUUAAGACUGCUGUUUUCGUGUUUGUAGAUGGGGUCUGUGAUGUCGCUAUCUUUAAGCUAUAAAUUUUGUUUUUUUAGUUUUUUUUAUUUAAUUCUUGGCUUCCUUACAACAACAUUCUGAUCCCAUUUCAGGGAGUGGUUACCUCACUGCCUGCAUGGCUGAAAUGGUAGGAAAAACUGGGAAGGUAGUUGGCAUUGAACACAUCCCUGAACUCGUGGAGCAGUCAAAGCAAAACAUCAAGCGUGGGAAUGCUGAUCUUUUGGAGAGUGGUCAGGUUGUUCUUGUGACAGGUGAUGGACGACAGGGAUAUGAGAAUGGUAAGUGGAAAGGCAAUAGAAAGAGCCAGAACUUUGAUAUGCUUGGGUGACAAAAUGGGAGCAGGGAUGGUGCAGUGGUGAGUGCACUCACCUUCCCCACCAAUGUGGCUGGGACAGAGUUUGUUGUUGGUUCUCUCCCUUGCUCUUUGAGGUUUAUCUCCAGGUACUCCAGUUUUCUUUCCAAUUCCACAAGAAAUGGUCAAGGAAGAACCAAUGACUUUGUGAUAGUGCUAGCUUUAAGUUAUAUCAUCUACUGCAGUUAAUUUGCAUCUCUUAUAAAUAUUAUAUUUUUGUUGAAUAUCCAUCAUUGAAAUAUUUUAAUUACCAGGUCAGAGCAUGUAAGAGGGAUAUACAGUGCACUUCAGUUCUGAAACCAUUUUUCAAUGUUCAGAGAGUUCAGAGAAUUUACUGAUUUUAGGUUUAUUAUAUCUUGUGUUCUGCAAAUCGACAUAUAAUAAGUAUUUAAUUGUCCUUUCAUCUUACAUACCAUUGUUGGAUAACUUAGUUUCUUGGUGUUGCAGACGCGCAGCUGUGAGAUCACCAAAUGAGUUAUCACAGUUGCUUGAAGAUACACUGAACAAUAUACCCACAAUGCAAUACAACAGGUAGCCAACAGUGGCUCCCACAACACCAAGAAAGGACCCCUUUUGGAAGUUUCUUUUUUGUGUCAUCAUUAUUUUGCUGUUUUUGCUACACAAUAUACAUUUUCAUUUUUCCAACCAAUUCAAGUUUUAAAUAUAACUUUUGUAAAUUUUAUAGAAGCUCCUUAUGAUGCAAUACAUGUUGGUGCCGCAGCUCAUCCCAUUCCAGAUGCCCUCAUAAAACAACUUAAACCUGGCGGCAGGCUGUUUAUACCUGUUGGUCCCACCCAUGGAGACCAGUGGCUUGAACAAAUCGACAAGGAUAAAGAUGGAAAUAUAGUACGUCAGAGGCUAAUGGGCGUGAGAUACGUGCCUCUCACAGACAGAGCACAGCAAAUACGGAGGAAUUGA